AUGAGCGUGAUCGACAUACUGACGCGAGUCGACGCGAUCUGCAAGAAGUACGACAAGUACGAUGUCGAGAGGCAGAAGGAAUCCAAUGUCUCCGGCGAGGACGCCUUCGCCCGCCUGUACGCCGUCGUCGAGGCCGACAUCGAGGCUGCCGAGCAGAAAGCGGAGGCUGCUGCAAAAGAGAAAAAUAGAGCAUCUGCUGUCGCUCUGAAUGCAGAGAUUCGGCGGACUAAGGCGAGGUUGCUGGAGGAGGUGCCUAAGUUGCAGAGAUUGGCCAUGAAGAAGGUCAAAGGGCUUUCCUCUGAAGAAUUUGCUGCUCGGAGUGAUCUAGUCCUUGCUCUGCCAGAUAGGAUUCAGUCUAUCCAAGAUGGAACUCCACCUGCACCAAAACAAACUGGGGGUUGGGCAUCUUCUGCCUCCCGUGCUGAAAUUAAGUUUGAUUCUGAUGGACGGUUUGACAAUGAAUACUUUCAGCAAACUGAGGAGUCUAGCCAAUUUAGACAAGAGUAUGAGAUGCGAAAGAUGAAGCAGGAUCAAGGUCUAGAUAUGAUCUCUGAUGGUUUGGACACAUUGAAAAACAUGGCUCAUGAUAUGAAUGAGGAAUUGGACAGGCAAGUUCCUUUGAUGGAUGAGAUUGAUUCCAAGGUGGACAAGGCGGCUUCCGACUUGAAAAAUACGAAUGUUAGGCUUAAGGACACUGUAAAUCAACUGAGGUCGAGCAGAAAUUUCUGUAUUGAUAUUGUCUUGCUUUGUAUCAUCCUUGGUAUCGCUGCAUAUUUAUACAAUGUAUUGAAGAAAUAGAGUGAUAAAGAUGGGUUUGAGCUGAAUCUAAUGGAGGGUCAGGUUUUCUGCUAUCAUGUGCUUUCCAAGGCUAAUCCUAUGUUAUAUGUUUCUCAGGAUUUCGUGAGUGAACCUUUGUCAGACUUGCGUUAUACUGCUGUCAUCUGGAGAUAAAAUUUGGUUGUAUAGCUGUCGGUUGUAUCAUCUGCUAAGCUAUGUUUGAUUCACUUCAAUUUAUUUUAUUUUAUUUUUUUGCGUUUGCUGAUACCUUUGUUCAAUCAUUUGAGUACUGGUAAACCAUUUGAUAUACGUCUUUCAUCUUAAUUUGCUGGCC